CUAAUGAAACCAAUUAACUGACCCAAGCAUAUGCAUACCAAACAAAGAGGAGCCAAGAUUAAACACAUAUUUUUUAAUGAUUCUAAGGUUUCUGCUCUGUACACUUCUGUAUGCCUUUCCUGGGCAUAAUGUCCACAUUUCAAAAUUUGGAAGAAGACCCUGAAAUGAGUUUCAGGUGGGGCAGACAAUUGUCAGAGGAUCUGGUUAGACCACAGAGAUGACCAGAUGUGUCAUGGGGACAAUGACCAGUCCUUAUGCCUCAUGGUCAGAGGUAGAAGGAAAACUGUGAACCAUCUUGUAAAAAGUCAGUGUGAAAGCCCCAUGGUGAUUAGUGCUGGGCUUCACCCACCACAUCCUGUGCAUCUUCCCGGCCUGCUGGACUCAGUCUCCACCCAGCUACUCAACAUUCUCCUGGUACAAUCAGUACUAUGACCUCUACACUCAGUGCCCUGCUCUACCUUGGUGAGUUCUUGCAGGUGAGGGAGACAGAAUCCAGGGGUCUGGGUGUGGGGGGCAACAUGUCUCACUGUUCUUGUCUUCCAGGGCUGUACCUGAGCCAGACCAUCAGCACCCAGAAGCAGAUUCUUUCGAAACCCAUCAUCUGGGCCAAGCCAGAUUUCAUGAUUCCAAAGGGAAUGCGAGUGUUGAUCUUAUGCCAGGGGACUCCUGAGGCCGUUGAAUACCAGCUGUAUUUUGAGGGACACCUCUCUGCCCAGCAGAGCCCAAAACAACUUGGAAGGAGGAACAUAGUCAUGUUCCACAUCCCAGCCAUGACCCUGCUCACUGCAGGGCAAUACAAGUGCAUUUACCGAAGCAAGGAGCUCUGGUCAAACCCUAGUGACCCUCUGGAUCUGGUGAUAACAGAAAUGUAUGACACACCCACCCUCUCCGUUCAUCCUGGGCCUGAGGUGACCUCAGGAAAGAACGUGACCUUCUAUUGCCAACUAGGCACUGCAACAAACAAGUUCUUUCUGCUCAAGGAGGGAAGAUCUGGCCGCCCUCAACACAGAUAUGGGAACACCCAGGUGGAGUUCCCCAUGGGUCCUGUGACCACAGCCCACAGAGGGACGUACAGAUGUUUUGGCUCUUAUAACAACCAUGCAUGGUCUUUCCCCAGUGAGCCUGUGAAGCUCCUGGUCACAGAAGAUGUUGGGGACACCAGCCUUGCACCCACAGAACACAACUCUUUUUCUGACCUUUGGGACCUCGACUUGUUAACCACAGAAGCAGAAUUCCAGCAAGGUCUUCACAGACCAAGAACUUCUGUUGAUACUGAAUCAUAAUGUUCUUUAUCCCAAGACAUGAUGGACUUCCUCAGAGUGUGUUUAUGACAUCCCAAAUUUUCCAUAUCCUAAGCUAUGGCAGGAAACCUACAGUCUCAAGGGGGGAAAAAUGUGUAAGGUAGAAGAAUUUUGGAUCUCCAGAUAUAAGUGCAGGGGCUUGAGAGCCUCCUCAGAAGGAUGGAGGGGUCUUUUCCACACAAGGCUGUUCCCCACACUGCUCCAAGUCAAAAUCUUCCAAAACUGGUUAACAGGACUAGACCAGAUGGUUAAGUAGAGCAUUACUCUUUUUGAAAUGUUGCACCCAGUUUGUAUUCCAGACAGCGAAAUGAAGCAUGGGGAAGAAGGAAGGGAGGGAAAGGGAGAGAAAGU